GAGGCGUGUGAUGUCAUAUGCAGGCGACAUUUGUUUUUGUUUUUCUUAGUUGACACCGAUUGUCAAUUUGUCUCAGUUUUAACCUUUAUUUUUGUUAAACUAGAUUUUGGGUAAGAGUAAAGUAGUGGUGCCCGAUAACGUUAUUUUUAAAAUACUCUACCCGGCGUUUAGCAAGAGGAAAUUAGGAAAGACGAGGCGUUAAAAAUGGAUAUUAAUGUAAGAUUAGGGUUUUAUAGAAUAACACCACGUUGACUGGUGUGCAGGAAAUGGAGUGAGACUGGACAGCCUGGGAUGUUCAGAGACAUUUUGAAUGAUAAAAUCCUGCUGAUUUUCCAGAGACGUCUAUUUUUUCGACUUGCGACGUGACUGGACUGCAGAGUCAGCAGAUGUGUGUGACGGAGUGCUGCAGCUGGCCUGUCCACAUUCUACAGCGUUUAACAGACUGGACAGGAUUAAAGACAAACUUUCUAAUCACUCCAGUCAUGCACCAGAAGGAGACGCCCACUCUGCCCUUCAUAUUUAUCUUCUAAACCUUUUCCAUAUGCUUGCAGGAUUUGCCCCAUGAGACAAGAUCACAUGUCUGAGAUUCUAUGCCACACUCCGUCUAUUUACGCUUAGAUUCUGUGGAAUCUUUACUCGACGUCCUUCCCUAUAUGUUUUAUCUUGGCCUCUUCUUUGUGAACGUCCUCAUCCUCUACUAUGCCUUUCUGAUGGAAUACAUAGUGCUUAAUGUGGGGAUUGUGUUCCUGCCCGAGGACAUGGACCAGGCUCUGGUGGAUCUGGGUGUCCUCUCUGACCCGGCUUCUGUCCCGUACGAGACGGACACAGAGUUCGAUGUGUUUGAGGGAUAUCUGGAAUAGAGUACACGGAGAGAACAUGGCUCGAGGUAUAAGCCUUAUAUGUCAGGUGUGUGGUGGGAGGAAGGCAUUGUGGGUACCACAGCCAAAGACUGGAGUGAUGUCGAUGCUGAUGAUGAUGGUGAUGAUGAAUGGAAAUCACGAUCACUGUAGCUGUGAGAAAAUGGUGCCUUGGUCAUUAUAUGGAAGAAAUCUGGGCAGAAAGAAGUUGUCCCGGCUCAAGAAGGACGACGUGCAAGUCUUCUCUUCAGGUGGAAUUUUCCCAGGGAAAAGCAGGCGCCGUACGGCGUUCCGUAAAUUGGAUGGGAUCGACGUCAGACGGGACUUCAUGGCUGACACCGUGGCUCUCUCGUCACCACGCCGGAUCAGUUUUAGACUGAGGUUUUAUUAAAGCUGCUGAGAUUCAGGUUUGCAUCGGGCUUCACUGCAUUUCAUCAUCUAAUUUUGAUUAAUCCGAUUCAGAAGUUUUGAUUUGUGACCGCGGACGGUGUGACACGUGGUGAAAUGAGUGAACACGCUCCAUUAUCACGCCUCAGAUGUCUGACAAUUCUGCAUGCUUUUCUUUUUGUUCAGAAUCUUUUCUUUGGUAGAUUAGAUGAUUGAGGUGAAAACCUCUGAGACUGACGUGAUACUCUCAGUGUGGUGUGCUGCGUCCCAGGAGUCUGACGAGCUGCACGCUUGUUACAUGUUGGAACACUGGUGGAUUUCAGAUACAAACACUACACACACACACACACACACACACACAUAUAUAUAUAUCCUGCAUAUGUAUAUAUAAAUAUAUAUAUAUAUUUAAUAAAUAAUUAAUUUCACUUUA